CCCUUUGAUCGGAGAGGGAUCAUCUCUAUGCUACUGAGAGAAACUUCUGGGUUCAUUCAUUGGAGACCCUACUGUCCUAUUUAAAUGGACCUUUUACUAAGUUAAAGACCUUUGUCUGUUUCUGACCUGUUAUUUAGUGACACACACCUGAGAAACUCCUCAUGGCUACCACCGAGCAUCCCGUCGUUUCCCCUUCCCCCACCGCCGAGGACACAUCGCGCCCGACCACCCUGGCCACCACAGAUAUAGUGGUGCUUGUCAUCUACUUCCUCUUGGUUCUGGCAGUGGGCUUGUGGUCCAUGUGGAAGACCAAGAGGAGCACAGUGGAUGGAUACUUCCUUGCUGGCAAAAACAUGACUUGGUGGCCGGUGGGCGCCUCUCUGUUUGCCAGUAAUGUGGGCAGUGGCCACUUCAUUGGUCUCGCCGGCUCUGGGGCGGCAGCGGGUAUCGCUUCCACUGCUUAUGAAUGGAACGGCAUGCUGAUGGUGCUGCUCUUGGGCUGGCUGUUUUUACCCAUCUAUAUUGCAUCAAGGGUCACAACAAUGCCCGAGUAUUUACGGAAAAGAUUUGGUGGAAAAAGAAUACAGUUAUUUCUUUGUGUUUUAUAUCUAUUUAUCUACAUCUUCACAAAAAUAUCAGUGGACAUGUAUGCAGGAGCUGUGUUCAUCCAGCAGGCUCUGCAGUGGAACAUCUACCUCGCUGUGGUUUUGCUCCUCAGCAUCACCGCUCUCUACACCAUCGCAGGUGGUCUGGCAGCAGUGAUCUACACCGAUGCGGUUCAGACUCUCAUCAUGGUGAUCGGAGCCCUGAUCCUCAUGGGCUUCAGUUUUAUAGAGGUUGGGGGAUUUCAAGCUGUCCUGGAUAAGUAUCCUCAGGCCAUUCCCUCCAUCCGAGUGCCCAACACCACCUGCGGGAUCCCACGGGAGGAUGCCUUUCACAUAUUCCGUCACCCUGUGACUUCUGACCUGCCCUGGCCGGGGGUGAUCCUGGGCAUGUCCAUACCCUCCAUGUGGUACUGGUGUUCUGACCAGGUGAUAGUGCAGCGUUCACUUGCUUCCAAGAACAUUGUUCAUGCUAAAGGAGGAUCUUUACUUGCUGCUUACCUCAAAGUUCUGCCCUUCUUCUUGAUGGUGAUUCCAGGCAUGAUUAGCAGGAUUCUUUACCCAGAUGAGGUGGGCUGUGGAGACCCAGAUGUGUGUAAACAAGUUUGUGGGAAUCCGGUGGGCUGCUCGGACAUCGCUUAUGCCAAACUGGUCAUGGAGCUCCUUCCUGCAGGUCUGAGGGGUUUAAUGAUGGCUGUGAUGUUGGCUGCUCUCAUGUCCUCUUUGACUUCCAUAUUCAACAGUUCCAGCACCAUUUUCACCAUGGACCUUUGGAGAAACAUCCGCCGCACUGCCUCUGAGUGGGAGCUCAUGAUUGUGGGAAGAGUGUUUGUGUUGGUGCUAGUGGUGGUGUCAAUGCUGUGGAUUCCUCUGGUUCAGGCCAGUCAGGGUGGGCAGCUCUUCAUCUACAUCCAAUCUAUCAGUAUGUACCUGCAGCCCCCCAUAACGGUCGUCUUCUUUGCGGGAUGCUUCUGGAAACGGACCAAUGAGAAGGGUGCAUUCUGGGGUCUGAUAGUGGGCAUGGUGGUGGGCUGUACAAGGAUGAUUCUGGAUUUCGUCUAUCCUACACCACAGUGCUACGAGAGUGACAACAGGCCUGACAUCAUCAAAUAUGUUCACUACCUGUACUUCUCCAUCAUUCUCACUGUCCUCACACUCAUCGUGGUUGUGUGUGUUAGUCUGGCUACAGAAAAGCCCAAACCUGAGCAGAUCAGUCGUUUGACGUGGUACACACGCUUUGAUCCUGUGACAGAAAGCAAAGAGGUUGUGGUUUCAGAUCUCCAGACGAUCGAGGAUGCCACACAGUACUCAAAAGACAUGGAAAAUGAUGCAGAUCCUACAAAAGAAGCAGACUCCAGUAGUUCUGCGUCCAGCAAUGCGGGUUCCUCUAAACUCAGAUCUGCUCUGUUCUGGAUCUGUGGAAUGGAGAAGCAGAAAGGAGAGAAACCCAAGUCUCCUCCUCCUCCAGAGGCUCUGACGUGUUCCCUCGAGGAAGACCCCUGUAUGAAACACCUGGUAAACGCCAACCUCAUCGUCUGUAUGUCAGUGGCCGUGUUUCUCUUCGCUUACUGGGCAUAGUCACUUGUCCUUUAUAAUGUAUUGUUUAUUGUGACUGGCGGGAAAGAAAAUCUCCAUGCAGUAUGUACUUGAUGAUAAACCAAUAUUCUUAUUUAUAAUAUAUCAUCAAAAAUCAGUUUUUACUUUUUUUGCAACCAACACUUUGCAACCAAUUUGUCCUUGAGGUUUCUGUAAAUUAAACGGUAUUUAAAAAACAA